AUGGUCCACGCCCGACCAUCUCCGAUUUUUUUAAAAUUUGAACAAGGUUGUUCUCAUGUGGGCGUUGUAAAAGCCUUAACAGAAGCGGGCAUCCCCAUUGAUAUGAUUGGAGGGACGAGCAUUGGUUCUUUGUUAGGGGCACUCUGGGCCCAGGAAACGGAAUUCACACCAUUUACCCAAAGAGCCAGAGAAUUUAUCAAGUUUUUACUGAUCCUCUACAGCGUUGGAUUUGACGAAUUCGAAAGCUCGGAUUACAGGAUUCAAAACAAUUGCAUUCCUAACAUGUAUAUAGGUUUAUUCAUAUUUGGUAUGAACUCACUGGGAAAGAAGAUAUUUGAUCUUACAUACCCUGUCACUGCUAUGUUCACAGGUUCCUUCUUAAACCAGGACGUUGAAUCAGUCUUCCAAGAUACACAGAUUGAAGAUUUAUGGAUACCUUAUUUUUGCAUAAGUACAGAUAUAACGGCUUCUAAGAUGAGGGUUCAUACGCACGGAAGUUUAUGGCGCUACGUCAGAGCUAGCAUGUCCCUCUCUGGGUACCUGCCUCCCAUGUGUGACCCAAUUGAUGGUCAUCUGCUGCUCGAUGGUGGAUAUGUUAACAAUUUGCCCGCCGACAUGAUGAAGGUCAUGGGAGCACAGACCAUAUUUGCAAUUGACGUGGGCAGUCAAGAUGACACUAACCUCACAAAUUACGGUGAUGAACUGAGUGGAUGGUGGUUGCUGUGGAAACGGUUUAAUCCAUGGGCCGUACCAGUAAAGGUGCCUAACAUGGCAGAGAUUCAAUCGCGACUGGCAUACGUGUCUUGCAAUCGUCAAAUGGAGCAGGUAAAGUCGAGUGGUUACUGCGAGUACAUCAGGCCUCCAAUUGAUAAAUACAGGACGCUUCAGUUCGGAAGUUUUGAAGAAAUAUUGGACGUUGGAUAUGCACAUGCCAAGCUGCUGUUCAGUGAAUGGGAAAAGACGGGUAGAAUUGGAAAGAUAUUUCUUGAAAGGAAUGAAGUUUACAAGCCACUCUUGGAUAAGAACAGCAUACCGGCUGAGGCCAACUUUACUGACUUGGCUGAAUUGAUAUCUCGAAUUGAGGAACCUGAUAUCGAUCCAACCGCAAUGGUUUCACAUUCUAACGACUUUUUCAGUGGUUUCUACUUAUCAGAAAAUGAGAAUGACGAUGAUGACGUAACAUCGGUGACGUCUGAACCCAUAGUGUCCAUGAAUUCUCCCACCUUUCCAAACCGCAUGAGGUCGGAAUCCGAAGGG